AUGUUGUCUGGUCUGAAAUUGAAGGUGAAACCCACAAUCAAGCAAAGCUACAGCUUCCUGGGGAGCACAAAGCCUGGCCGUCUGCCCUACCAUCUAAGACUUCCGGCUCGACGGGUGAACUCGGUGUCCGUACGGUCUGAGUAUGUUAACGAAGCAUCUCAGCCGUCAGUUUCGUCGCACUACACGGAAAGUGUGGGAUCUCCAUUACCUUCGGCUUCGCUUCUUCAGCUCUCCCACUGGAACCUCACCCACCGCCACAUCGUCUUGCUCAAUGUCGUUGCUUGCGCCGCAGCAGUUUCUGCGACGUGGCUCUUCUGCUCUGCAAUCCCCGCGCUUCUGGCUUUCAAGAGAGCAGCUCAAUCACUUGAAAAGCUGAUGGAUGUUAUGAGGGAAGAGCUUCCUGACACAAUGGCUGCUGUUCGUUUAUCCGGGAUGGAGAUCAGUGACCUCACUAUGGAGCUCAGUGAUCUUGGCCAGGAAAUUACACAGGGUGUUAGAAGUUCCACUCGAGCUGUUCGCGUGGCAGAGGAGAGGUUGCGCCGCUUGACAAACAUGGCUCCAUCAGCAUCGGUGCAGGAGGUAACCAGUCCGAAAACUGAGGUUCCAGGGCCAGUUUUGGCUAGAACUGCAAGAGGCAUACGGGAGGGGAUUGUGAAGGGCCGUGCUCUGUGGCAAAUGUUUUUCACUAUCACCCGGUUCUCUAGGCUGGCACUCAACUACAUAACCAGCCGAAAUAAACGGUAG